AGUAAUGCCCUUUCCUCUCUCAAACGUUCAUUGUCUUUAUCUCCCUUCCCCAACUCUCAGAAGAAUGAAAAAUGAUUAAAAAUUAAAUUAGAAAAUGCAAGUCAUAAUUACAUCAAGUCACAGGCUUUUCUGCCAUCUUCAUCAACUUAAGAGUCCUACAUCAUUGUCUGCACAACAAGCGGAGUUUAAAAAACAUGGACCCGGAAAUUGGUUGUUCCAAACUGAAGGCUCACUUCUAUAUAAACCACUUCGUCUCAAUUGUGCACCUAGCGAUGCAAGUUAUCUCGGUAAUGUGAUUGAGUACUUAGAAUCUAAUCGCUCAAACAACUCCGAAGAAAAGGAUAUUCAGGUAAACAGAAAAAUACAGAUCAAAAGUUUGACAGAAGAGAUCAAACAUAUGUUGAAUUCGAUGGAGGAUGGAAGGUCAAGUGUCUUAGCCUAUGAAACAGCUUGGGUUUCCUUUAUUCCGAAUACUACUAAUAAUCAGAGACCUAUGUUUCCAUCUUGUCUUGAAUGGAUUAUAGACAAUCAACUUUGUGAUGGUUCAUGGGGAGAGGAGAUUGUAUUAUGCAUAUAUGAUCGACUCUUGAACACACUAGCAUGCGUUGUUGCAUUGACAUUAUGGAACACAUGCCUUCAUAAGAGAAACAAAGGAGUGAUCUUUAUCAAAGAAAACUUAAUGAAGCUAGAGACGGAGGAAGUUGAACAUAUGACUUGUGGAUUUGAACUUGUGUUUCCUGCUCUCCUUGAGAAAGCGAAACAAUUAGGCAUUGACAUUCCGUAUGAUGCUCCAGUGUUAAAGGAUAUUUAUGUAAGGAGAGAAGUAAAGUUUACAAGAAUUCCUAAAGAUGUUAUCCAUACGAUUCCGACAACAGUGUUGUUUUCAUUAGAAGGAUUAAGGGACGACUUGGACUGGCAAAGGCUUUUGAAGCUUCAAAUGCCUGAUGGUUCAUUCUUAACAUCCCCUGCUUCCACUGCCUUUGCAUUCAUGGAAACAAAUGAUGAAACGUGUUUGGCAUAUCUUCAAAACGUUGUUCAAAAGUGUAAUGGAGGAGCGCGACAAUACCCACUCGACAUAGUAACGCGACUUUGGGCGAUUGAUCGAUUACAACGCCUUGGAAUCUCUUAUUAUUUUGCGGAAGAGUUCAAGGAACUUUUGGAUCAUGUGUUCAGAUACUGGGACGAGGAGAAUGGAAUUUUCUGUGGAAGGAAUUCAAACUUUUUUGAUGUUGAUGAUACAUGCAUGGCUAUAAGGUUGCUAAGGUUACAUGGGUAUGAUGUUAGUCCAGAAGCGCUAAACAAUUUUAAAGAUGGUGAUCAAUUCUUUUGCCAAAGAGGUGAAGUGGACGGGUCACCAUCACAUAUGUUUAAUCUCUAUAGAUGUUCCCAAGUAUUAUUCCCAGGAGAAAAGAUACUUGAAGAGGCAAAGAAUUUCACUUACAACUUCUUACAGCAAUGUCUAGCAAACAAUCAAUGCUUAGACAAAUGGGUCAUAGCCAAGGACAUCCCCGGGGAGAUAAGGUAUGCACUUGAAUUUCCAUGGUAUGCUAGCUUGCCUCGGGUGGAAGCUAGGCUUUAUAUAGAACAGUAUGGUGGUGCAGAUGAUAUUUGGAUUGGCAAAACGUUAUUCAGAAUGCCCGAUAUCAGCAACAAUGUUUAUUUACAAGCUGCAAAAUUGGAUUACAAUAGAUGCCAAAGUCAACAUCGAUUUGAAUGGCUGAUUAUGCAACAGUGGUUUGAAAAGUGCAACUUCCAACAAUUUGGAAUAAGCAAAAAGUACCUCUUAGUUUCUUAUUUCUUAGCUGCUGCAAGUAUAUUUGAAGUCGAGAAGUCAAGAGAACGACUUGCAUGGGCUAAAUCUCGUAUAAUAUGUAAGAUGACUACAUCUUACUACAAUGAAAAAGCCACAACUUGGACCACUGGGAAUUCAUUGUUGAUGGAAUUCAAGGAUUAUCCGAGCAGAAAUAAUGGUAAUGAAACAAAAGAGAUCAUAGUUCUCAACAAUCUUCAUCAGUUUUUGCACCAACUCUCGGAAGAGACUUUUGAAGACCAAGGCAAAGACAUCCAUCACCAACUACAAAAAGCAUGGGAAACGUGGUUGAUGUCUUUGAGGGAAGAAAAGGAUACAUGCCAAGAAGAAGCAGAGUUGUUAGUGCGCACAAUUAACCUUUCUGGCGGCCAUAUGACACAUGAUGAUAUACUAUUCGAUGCGGACUACAAGAAUCUGUCCAAUCUUACCAAUAAAGUUUGUCACAUGCUUAAUGAGAUCCAAAAUGAAAAGGUGACUGGAAGCUCAAAGACCACCAAUAUUGAAUUCGACAUGCAAGCUCUUGUAAAGUUAGUAUUUGGCAACAUCUCAAACAACAUCAACCAAGAUAUUAAGCAAAUCUUUUUUACAGUUGUUAAGACUUUCUAUUACACUGCACACGUUAGUGAGGAAAUAAUCAACUUUCACAUAUCCAAGGUACUUUUUCAGCAAGUCCAGUAAUAUUUUAUUGUAGCUGACAGUAAUUUUAA